AUGGAAGAUGAUUUGAUAUCACCAAAAGAAAAAGAAUGCAUUGAUGAUGGUGAUAAUGAUACGGCAUUCACUAUUUCAUUUCUUCCAAAUACUGGUAAUAAAUAUUUCUUUGCUACUAUAAAUGAUACAGUUAAAUUGUAUGAUUUUGAAACAGGCCAGAGGGAUAAAAACAAGGAAUGGUGCAAUGAAGAUAUUGCUACUAUAUUAAGUGUCUCUUAUCGAAUUCCGUCCACUCAAGACCUCUAUUUAAUUUGCCAAGAUAUUAUUGUAGAGAGGCCAUUGAUUUUAUUUGAGUCCCCAAUAUUUCCAUCGAUCGACGAGGAAUUAUUGUUGCGUAUCUUGGAGCUGGACAUAAUUUGCUUACCAGAAAUCAUGAUUUUUAAUAAAUUGAUUGAGUGGGGCAUUGCAAACACCCCUGGUUACGAUACUUUAACCAAUAAUGCAUCUCAAAUGGAUGCAUUGGGUGACACUUUGGAGAAUGGGUUGCAACUGAUUCGAUACCGCAACAUGAGCAGAGAAGAAAAGAUGUCGAUUCUCAACUUUGAACGAAUAUUGCCAACAGAAAAGGUCAAAGAUCAAAUUCCACCUCGCAUUAAUUCGCCUGUCGAGCCAAAAUUUAUUAGUAGCAGAUUUGCUGGAUUAAUUUCCACGUGGAUUGACAGAAAGGAUCCUACGGAAGCUCCAUACACCGGAUUAAAUACACCAUUCCGAUUUAGGCUUGUGUUCCGCAUGGGCGAUCAAACAACCUUCUAUCAAGAACACCGUAAAUACUACAACCAAUCUUCAAGUAGAAUCUUACCGACAAUAAAAUGCCACCACGGGCCUUCGCUAAUGUUAAUGAAACUUAGAAGAUCUGGAAAAAUAAUUGGUGCAUAUAAUCCUAUCGAUUGGAAGCAAGAUUUAUUAAAUAAAGUAUAUGUUUGUACAUCAGAAAGUUUUAUUUUUUCAUGCGAAGAUAGAUAUGGAACGAAUCAUCGAUUAAGCAGAGUUCGUGAUUUUGAUCAUGCUAUUUGCCUAGAGGGCGUAAAUCCCAGCGGGGUAAUAUUAAAAUUUGGCGAAGAUUUAAUAUUUAACCCUAUGAGAGGGUAUGUCAAGUGUAAUGUCGAGAAUAAAUUUUAUGAGCAACCAAAAAUAUUGGAUGAAGAAGGCAGAUAUGGAUAUGAGAUUGAAAAAUGGGAGAUUUAUCGAGUCAGAAGAAAAGAUGAUCAACCAAUGAUGAUAAUAAACGAAGAUAAACAUAAAGUUUCACCUCGCAUUAAUUUACCUGUUGAAACAAAGAUUAUUGAUAGUGACUUUUUUGGAUUGAUUGCGACAUGGAUUGACAGAAAUGAUCCUGUGAAAGAACGGUACACCGGAUCUGAAAUGCCAAUCCAAUUCAGGCCUGUGUUUCGCAUGAAGGAUCUAACAGACUUUUAUCGGGAACAUUCUAAAUAUUAUAACCACGCAACAGAUAGAUUAUUACCAACAAUGAAAUGCCACCAUGGGCCUUCAUUGAUGAUAAUGAAACUUAAAACAUCAGGAAAGAUAAUUGGAGCUUAUAAUCCCAUCAAUUGGAAACAAAACUCAUGCUUGAAUGAGUAUAAAUCCACAUCGGAAAGCUUUAUUUUUUCAAGUGAAGACAUACAUGGAACAAAUCAUCAGUUAAGCCGUGUUAAAAACAUCUAUCGAGCAAUUUGCUCAGAGCAGUUAGUUUCUGUUUUGUACUCAAAUAUUGAAGUCCCCAAUAGUGUGCAGUUAAGAUUUGGCAGCACUUUAAGGAUUAGUUAUGACGAAAAUGAUUAUAGUUUAGAUAGUACUCCUUCUGUCACUUGUUGUAUUCAGCAAAAUGAAGAUUAUGAGCAACCAGCUGUAAUAUCUGCAGGAUAUUACGACAUUGAUGAAUGGGAAAUUUUUAGAGUCAUUAAAAAAGAUAAUCAAAUUCUACAUCGAAUUGAUUCACCUGAACCAAAAAUUAUUAAUAGAAUAACUUCCCCUCCUAGAAUCGUUUAUGACAAUUUUCUAGCAUUGAUUGCGACAUGGAUUGAUAGAAAAGAUCCCACGAAAAAUCCAUAUACAGAGUUUAACAUGCCUUUCCAAUUUAGACACAAAUGCGGAAGAGGUCAUCAAUUAAGCCGAGUUAAAAAUUUUGAUAAAGCGAUUUCUCAGGUGAACAUAUAUCCCAAUGGUGUUCUAUUGAAAUUUGGCGAAGAUUUGAGUUUUAUUUAUAUGCAUGGAAAUAUACAUACUGAUGAACCAGAUUAUGGAUUGGAAGAUGACAUUGUAUUUCCGAGCGUUGGUUGUCGUGUUAAAGAAAAUGGAUUUUAUGAACAGCCACCUGUAUUGCCUGGAGGCAUAUAUGAAAUUGAUGGAUGGGAGGAACCAAAACUUCAACCAUAUGAUGUUAUGGAAGUUAUGAAAUUACCUAAAGAAUUUCCUGAUAAUUAUUGGCAAUUUCAUGAUAAUAGUGGUCAUGGAAUGAUAAAUUAUAUAAACAAACAAAAUCCACUUGAAUUAUUUAAUGUAAAGCAACAGGUUAUGAUUUUUGAUGAAAAUGUACUGAUAAACUUGAAGGCUAUAAUUGAAGAAGUAUUAUCAAUUAAAAGUGUUACAUUUAAAGAAGAAAAUUAUUACAUAGAAUCCAUUGGAGUACAAAUGGUGAUCGAUGAAGUAGAUAACAUUAAUUAUGAUGAAGAAGAAAAUGGUCCAGCUUUAUAUGGUGAAUAUAGAAACUGGACUAGUGAAGAAAUAACAAUCCUCUUGAAAUACAAUUUAGAAUUGUGCUGA